CAAAAGGAUACUGCCAAGAAGAGGACAUAGACUUUGAUGAAACUUUUGCAUUAGUAGCCAGACUAGAGGAUAUCAGAAUUUUUCUAGCUUAUGCCUCUCACAAGCACUUUCCAGUGUAUCAAAUGGAUGUCAAAAGUGCAUUUCUCAAUGGACAGCUAGAAGAAGAAGUCUAUGUAGAACAGCCACCUGGUUUUGAACUCAAAGAUGGAAGAGAUGAGGUCUACCGUCUCAGAAAAGCUCUCUAUGGACUCAAGCAGGCUCCAAGAUCAUGGUAUGAAACUCUAUCCAUCUUUCUCCUAUAAAAUGGUUUCUCAAAAAUAAAGGUAGACAAAACCCUGUCCAAACUUCAAGAUGGACCUGACAUUCUUCUUGUGCAAAUCUAUGUUGGUGAUAUCAUCUUUGGAUGCUCAAACCAAGCUCUUUGCAAGAAGUUCUCUUAUCUCAUGCAAUCAAAGUUUGAAAUGAGCAUGAUGGGAGAGAUGAACUACUUCUUGCGCUUACAAGUAAAGCAAACUGCAGCAGGGAUACUGAUCAAUCAAGCUAAGUACACCAGAGACCUAAUUCUCAAAUUUGGAGUUGAAGGAAAGACUUCAGUGAGAAUACUAACAAACACAUCCCAAACAAUUGGUUCUACUGAAGAUGGCAAGGAUGUUGAUCCUACAGUAUACAGAGGUAUAAUUGGAUCUGUGUUAUACCUAACUGCAAGCAGACCUGACAUUUCCUACUCGGUUGGAGUAUGUGAAAGAUAUCAAUCUAAACCAAAGAAAAGCCAUCUCUUCACAGCUACCCGAUUUGAACAAGGCUUGCCCGAUGGAUCCCUAACAAUAGGUCUUUUGUUGCUCGAUCAAGACAUAUUCGUCCAUCGACUAGAGAAGAAAAUAAAUAUCUACCAUUGUGGAUCGCUGGAGAAUUGAAGGGAAGGAACGACUGGUGGGAGAGACUAUUCAUUGGAGGAGAAUACGAUUGGCGUAUAUUGUCGUUCAAAAUCGGCUUACGAUUCACCGUUCACAAGCCACUUAAGCAUCAUCAGCACCAGUACUCUUUGUCGGUGUUCAUCACUGUAGUCAUUGUAAUGUCGAAAGAAGGCUAGGAGUAUCGUUUUCUGAAAGUACUAGUUCAAUUGGAAUCCUGCUGAGUAACCAGAGGAGGAGGGUCGUGGAAGAGCUGCAUCGUUUCUUCUUGUUCACAAAUAAGACCCAUGAAUAGUAAUAUGCAGGGGCGGACCCACCCUAGGGCUAGGGGGUGCCCGUGCCCCUGCGGUGAUUUAUAUAUAUAUAUAUAUGUAUUGGAAAAUUCUCAGGUCCAGCACCUCCCGGUCCGAACGCCG